AUGUUGAAGUUCAAGUAUGGAGCACGGAACCUGCUGGAUGCUGGUGCUGCUGAACCUAUUGCCAGCCGGGCCUCCAGGCUGCAUCAUUUCUUCCAGGGGAAACCACCCUUUAUGAGUCAACAGCAGAUGUCUUCUCUUUCUCGAGAAGGAAUAUUAGAUGCCCUCUUUGUUCUCUUUGAAGAAUGCAGCCAGCCUGCUCUGAUGAAGAUUAAGCACGUGAGCAACUUUGUCCGGAAGUAUUCUGACACCAUAGCUGAGUUACAGGAGCUCCAGCCUUCCGCAAAGGACUUUGAAGUCAGAAGUCUCGUAGGUUGUGGUCACUUUGCUGAAGUGCAGGUGGUAAGAGAGAGAGCAACCGGGGACAUCUUCGCCAUGAAAGUCAUGAAGAAGAAGGCCUUGUUGGCCCAGGAGCAGGUUUCAUUUUUCGAGGAAGAACGGAGCAUAUUAUCUCAGAGCACAAGCCCUUGGAUCCCCCAAUUGCAGUAUGCCUUUCAGGACAAAAAUAACCUUUAUCUGGUCAUGGAAUAUCAGCCUGGAGGGGACUUGCUGUCACUUUUGAAUAGAUAUGAGGACCAAUUAGAUGAAAAUAUGAUUCAAUUUUACCUAGCUGAACUGAUUUUGGCUGUUCACAGCAUUCAUCAGAUGGGAUAUGUACAUCGAGACAUCAAGCCCGAGAACGUUCUCAUUGACCGAACGGGACACAUCAAGCUGGUGGAUUUUGGCUCAGCUGCUAAAAUGAACUCAAAUAAAAUGGUGAAUGCCAGACUCCCGAUUGGGACCCCAGAUUACAUGGCCCCUGAAGUGCUGACUGUGAUGAAUGGGGAUGGAAAAGGCCUCUACAGCCUAGACUGUGACUGGUGGUCAGUGGGAGUCAUUGCUUAUGAGAUGGUUUAUGGAAGGACCCCAUUCACUGAGGGAACCUCAGCCAGAACCUUCAAUAACAUCAUGAAUUUCCAGCGGUUUUUGAAGUUUCCAGAAGACCCCAAAGUUAGCAGUGAAUUACUUGAUCUGAUUCAGAGUUUAUUGUGUGGCCAGAAAGAGAGACUGAAGUUUGAAGACCUUUGCUGCCAUCCUUUCUUUUCUAAAAUCGAGUGGAUUAACAUUCGUAACUCUCCUCCCCCGUUCGUUCCCACCCUCAAGUCUGAUGAUGACACCUCCAAUUUUGAUGAACCAGAGAAGAAUUCGUGGGUUUCCUCCUCUCCGUGCCAGCUGAACCCCUCAGGUUUCUCAGGCGAAGAACUGCCGUUUGUGGGGUUUUCGUACAGCAAGGCACUGGGGAUUCUUGGUAGAUCUGAGUCUGUUGUCUCAAGUCUGGACUCCCCUGCCAAGACUAGCUCCAUGGAAAAGAAACUUCUCAUCAAAAGCAAAGAGCUGCAAGACUCCCAGGACAAGUGUCACAAGAUGGAGCAGGAAAUGACCCGGUUACAUCGGAGAGUGUCAGAGGUGGAGGCUGUGCUUAGUCAGAAGGAGGUGGAGCUGAAGGCCUCUGAGACUCAGAGAUCCCUCCUGGAGCAGGACCUUGCUACCUACAUCACAGAAUGCAGUAGCUUAAAGCGAAGUUUGGAGCAAGCACGGAUGGAGGUAUCCCAGGAGGAUGACAAAGCACUCCAGCUUCUCCAUGAUAUCAGAGAGCAGAGCCGGAAGCUCCAAGAAAUCAAAGAGCAGGAGUACCAGGCUCAAGUGGAAGAAAUGAGGUUGAUGAUGAAUCAGUUGGAAGAGGAUCUGGUUUCGGCAAGAAGACGGAGUGAUCUCUACGAAUCCGAGCUGAGAGAGUCUCGGCUCGCCGCCGAAGAGUUCAAGAGGAAAGCAACAGAAUGUCAGCAUAAACUGAUGAAGGCUAAGGAUCAAGGGAAGCCUGAAGUGGGAGAAUAUUCCAAACUGGAGAAGAUCAAUGCUGAGCAGCAGCUCAAAAUUCAGGAUCUCCAAGAGAAGCUGGAAAAGGCUGUGAAAGCCAGCGCCGAGGCCACCGAGCUGCUGCAGAAUAUCCGCCAGGCAAAAGAGCGAGCUGAGCGUGAGCUGGAGAAGCUGCAGAACCGUGAGGAUUCUUCUGAAGGCAUAAAAAAGAAGCUGAUUGAAGCCGAGGAACGCCGCCAUUCUCUGGAGAACAAGGUAAAGAGGCUAGAGACCAUGGAGCGUAGAGAAAACAGACUGAAGGAUGACAUCCAGACAAAAUCCCAACAGAUCCAGCAGAUGGCUGAUAAAAUUCUGGAGCUGGAGGAGAAGCACCGGGAGGCCCAGGUCUCAGCCCAGCACCUAGAGGUGCACCUGAAACAAAAGGAGCAGCACUACGAGGAAAAAAUUAAAGUGUUGGACAAUCAGAUAAAGAAAGACCUGGCUGAUAAGGAGACUCUAGAGAACCUGAUGCAGAGACACGAGGAGGAGGCCCAUGAGAAGGGCAAAAUUCUCAGCGAGCAGAAGGCGAUGAUCAAUGCUAUGGAUUCCAAGAUCAGAUCUCUGGAACAGAGGAUUGUGGAAUUGUCGGAAGCCAAUAAACUUGCGGCAAACAGCAGUCUUUUUACCCAGAGGAACAUGAAGGCCCAGGAAGAGAUGAUUUCAGAACUCAGGCAACAGAAAUUUUACCUGGAGACGCAGGCUGGGAAAUUGGAGGCUCAGAACCGAAAGCUGGAGGAGCAGCUGGAAAAAAUCAGCCACCAAGACCACAGUGACAAGAACCGUCUGCUGGAGCUGGAGACAAGGUUGAGGGAGGUCAGCCUAGAGCAUGAGGAGCAGAAACUGGAGCUAAAGCGUCAGCUCACAGAGCUGCAGCUCUCCCUGCAAGAGCGUGAGUCCCAGCUGACAGCCCUGCAGGCUGCCCGCGCGGCCCUGGAGAGCCAGCUUCGCCAGGCGAAGACGGAGCUGGAAGAGACGACAGCGGAAGCAGAAGAAGAGAUCCAGGCGCUCACGGCACAUAGAGAUGAAAUCCAGCGCAAAUUUGAUGCCCUUCGUAACAGCUGUACUGUAAUCACAGACCUGGAGGAGCAACUGAACCAGCUGACUGAGGACAACGCUGAGCUCAACAACCAAAAUUUCUACUUGUCCAAACAACUUGAUGAGGCUUCUGGUGCCAACGAUGAGAUAGUACAGCUGCGAAGUGAAGUGGACCAUCUCCGCCGAGAGAUCACAGAGAGAGAGAUGCAACUCACCAGCCAGAAGCAAACGAUGGAGGCUCUGAAGACCACCUGCACGAUGCUGGAAGAACAGGUCAUGGAUUUGGAGGCCCUGAACGAUGAGCUGCUGGAAAAAGAGCGGCAGUGGGAGGCGUGGAGGAGCGUCCUUGGUGAUGAGAAGUCCCAGUUUGAGUGUCGGGUUCGAGAGUUACAGAGGAUGCUGGACACUGAGAAACAGAGCAGGGCAAGAGCUGACCAGCGGAUCACCGAGUCACGCCAGGUGGUAGAGCUGGCAGUGAAGGAACACAAGGCGGAGAUUCUCGCUCUGCAGCAGGCUCUCAAAGAACAGAAGCUGAAAGCUGAAAGCCUCUCCGACAAGCUCAAUGACCUGGAGAAGAAACAUGCCAUGCUUGAAAUGAAUGCCCGAAGUUUACAACAGAAGCUGGAGACUGAACGAGAGCUCAAACAAAGGCUUCUGGAAGAGCAAGCCAAAUUACAGCAGCAGAUGGACCUGCAGAAGAAUCAUAUUUUCCGUCUGACUCAAGGGCUGCAGGAAGCUCUAGAUCGGGCUGAUCUGCUGAAGACAGAAAGGAGUGAUCUGGAAUAUCAGCUGGAAAACAUUCAGGUUCUUUAUUCUCAUGAAAAGGUGAAAAUGGAAGGCACCAUUUCUCAGCAAACCAAACUCAUUGAUUUUCUGCAAGCCAAAAUGGACCAACCUGCUAAAAAGAAAAAGGUUCCUCUGCAGUACAAUGAGCUGAAGGUGGCUCUGGAGAAGGAGAAAGCUCGCUGUGCAGAGCUAGAGGAAGCCCUUCAGAAGACCCGCAUCGAGCUCCGGUCCGCCCGGGAGGAAGCUGCCCACCGGAAAGCCACAGACCACCCGCACCCAUCUACGCCAGCCACCGCGAGGCAGCAGAUCGCCAUGUCUGCCAUCGUGCGGUCACCCGAGCACCAGCCCAGUGCCAUGAGCCUGCUCGCCCCGCCAUCCAGCCGCAGAAAGGAGUCUUCAACUCCAGAGGAAUUCAGUCGGCGUCUUAAGGAGCGCAUGCACCACAACAUUCCUCACCGAUUUAACGUAGGACUGAACAUGCGAGCCACAAAGUGCGCUGUGUGUCUGGAUACUGUGCACUUUGGACGCCAGGCAUCCAAAUGUCUUGAAUGUCAGGUGAUGUGUCAUCCCAAGUGCUCCACGUGCUUGCCAGCUACCUGUGGCCUGCCAGCCGAAUAUGCCACGCACUUCACCGAGGCCUUCUGCCGUGACAAAAUGAACUCCCCGGGCCUCCAGACCAAGGAGCCCAGCAGCAGCUUGCACCUGGAAGGGUGGAUGAAGGUGCCCAGGAAUAACAAGCGAGGACAGCAAGGCUGGGACAGGAAGUACAUCGUCCUGGAGGGAUCCAAAGUCCUCAUUUAUGACAGCGAAGCCAGAGAAGCUGGACAGAGGCCCGUGGAAGAAUUUGAGCUGUGCCUUCCCGACGGGGACGUAUCUAUUCAUGGCGCCGUUGGUGCUUCUGAACUCGCGAAUACAGCCAAAGCAGAUGUCCCAUACGUACUGAAGAUGGAAUCUCACCCGCACACCACCUGCUGGCCCGGGAGAACCCUCUACUUGCUAGCGCCCAGCUUCCCCGACAAACAGCGCUGGGUCACCGCCUUAGAAUCAGUUGUCGCAGGUGGGAGAGUGUCUAGGGAAAAAGCAGAAGCCGAUGCUAAAUUGCUUGGAAACUCCCUGCUAAAACUGGAAGGUGAUGACCGUUUAGACAUGAACUGCACACUGCCCUUCAGCGACCAGGUGGUAUUGGUGGGCACCGAGGAAGGGCUCUAUGCACUGAAUGUCUUGAAGAAUUCCCUCACCCACGUCCCAGGAAUUGGAGCAGUCUUCCAGAUUUACAUCAUCAAGGACCUGGAGAAGCUACUCAUGAUAGCAGGAGAAGAGCGGGCCCUGUGUCUUGUUGACGUGAAGAAGGUGAAACAGUCCCUAGCACAGUCCCACCUUCCCGCCCAGCCAGACAUCUCGCCCAACAUCUUCGAAGCUGUCAAGGGCUGCCACUUGUUUGCUGCUGGCAAGAUUGAGAACGGGCUCUGCAUCUGUGCAGCCAUGCCCAGCAAAGUUGUCAUUCUCCGCUACAAUGAAAACCUCAGCAAGUACUGCAUUCGGAAAGAGAUAGAGACCUCAGAGCCCUGCAGCUGUAUCCACUUCACCAAUUACAGUAUCCUCAUCGGAACCAAUAAAUUCUACGAAAUUGACAUGAAGCAGUACACGCUUGAGGAAUUCCUGGAUAAGAACGACCACUCCUUGGCCCCGGCUGUGUUUGCCGCCUCCUCCAGCAGUUUCCCUGUCUCCAUCGCGCAGGUGAACGGCGCAGGGCAGCGGGAGGAGUACCUGCUCUGCUUGCACGAAUUUGGGGUGUUCGUGGAUUCUUAUGGAAGACGUAGCCGCACAGACGAUCUCAAGUGGAGUCGCUUACCUUUGGCCUUCGCCUACAGAGAACCCUAUCUGUUUGUGACCCACUUCAACUCACUCGAAGUAAUUGAGAUCCAGGCACGCUCCUCUCUGGGGACCCCCGCCCGAGCGUAUUUGGAAAUCCCGAACCCACGCUACCUGGGCCCUGCAAUUUCCUCAGGAGCAAUUUACCUGGCGUCCUCAUACCAGGAUAAAUUAAGAGUCAUUUGCUGCAAAGGAAACCUUGUGAAGGAGACCGGCACUGAGCACCACCGGGGCCCCUCCACCUCCCGCAGCAGCCCCAACAAGCGAGGCCCGCCGACGUACAACGAGCACAUCACCAAGCGCGUGGCCUCCAGCCCGGCGCCACCCGAAGGCCCCAGCCACCCGAGAGAGCCAAGCACACCCCACCGCUACCGAGAGGGGCGGACGGAGCUGCGCAGGGACAAGUCCCCCGGCCGUCCCCUGGAGCGGGAGAAGUCCCCGGGCCGGAUGCUCAGCACGCGGAGGGAGCGGUCCCCGGGGAGGCUGUUUGAAGACAGCAGCAGGGGCCGGCUGCCGGUGGGAGCCGUGAGGACCCCACUGUCCCAGGUCAACAAGGUCUGGGACCAGUCUUCAGUAUAAUUCUCAGCCAGAAAACCAACUCCUCAUCUUAAUCUGCAGGAAAACACCCAACACACUAUGGAACUCUGCUGAAGGGGACCCCAGCGCCCAUCUGCUCAGCCACCCCAUGGCACAGCUGGACCCAGACCCACCUCAGCACGGACACCCUGCGUCCGGCAGGAGCAAGGGGCUGAGGCUCUGAGGAGCUGUCGGCAGCUUCCUGCAGUCAUCCUCUGUGCACUUUGUUACUCUUUCAAAGCAUUCAUAAACUUUUGUACCUAGCUCUAGCCUGUACCAGUUCAUCCAAGGAAACCAACCGGGCGCUAACUAACACGUGGUUAGCAUCCUAAUUAAUAGCUACUCUAAGAUCCUAGGGUUGGUUGGUUUUUCUUUGGCUUUUGGUUUUUUUCUUUUGUUUCUUUUUUUUUAAAGACAGAAUUCUUAAUAGAUUUGAAUAGCAAUGUAUUUCCUGUUGUAGUCAUUUUUAGCUAGAUCACACCGUCAGGUCUUUGCUACUGAAACGUAUCGUAGAAGAGUCCCUGCCAGUUAGCUAACCUCCUGCGCUCACGUAGGUUCAUUCUCGUUCCAGUCCAUCCUCGUAGAUGGCCCUGUUUUAGCAGGGGGACAUCUUAGCCAAAUGUUUACUGUUCUCAUUGCCUUUAUGGCCUUGACGACUUCCCCUCCCACCAGCUGAGAAUGUACGGAGGUCAUCAGGCCUCAGCUCGGAGGCAGUGACUUGGGGCCAAGGGACCUCGAGGAGCUUACCCUCCCCGCCCCUCAGCGUCAUCUCCCCAGCCUGCUGUCCCCGCUUUCCACGUAGCUUUGGCCAGGAAAGCAUGCAAUACACUCGCUCUGAGCCCAGUACUGAUGAGUCUCUGGGUCCAGGAGGGGACCGGGAGCACCCACCUCCUGUCCUUGAUGGCGCAUUGAUCCCCACCCUGGGACGGGAAGAGACCCAUCCAGGAGUUCUGCAUGGUGGUUCACUGCAUGUGCUGCCCCCCAACCUGGCUGCCCCCCUUGGGUUGCUCUGCCAAUGUACUAGUCCCAUACCAUAGCUCCCACCGAAUCGAGACCCUCUGACGACUUGCCCACUCACUGGCCGCAACAAGCUGCAGUCUGUAGCACUGAACAAACAAACCAAACGCUCAAGCCUUACGACCAGAGAAGGAUUUCAGCAGACCACCACCUCACACUUCCACGCUUCCCUGCCGACUCCCUCGCGGACGACUGUGUGUUCACACAAAACCCAGCAGGGUUCUACCCCACGAAACUGUGACUUCCCAAAUGAGCCUUUCCCUAGGGCUAGACUAAGACCAGGGAGUUUGAGAAGAGAAGGGAGCCGCAGCUCAACGCUUCCACCUCUGCCGGGUCGGGAAGUCCUCCUUAGGUGCAGAGCGGCUCACGCUGCUUUUACCCUCUGUCGGAGUGCGGAAUUCCUGGCAACUGGCAAAGAACCAACCUAGAGGCUUUGCAGUUGGCAAGCUAACUAGCGGCCUUACUUCUGCCUUUAAUCUCCCACAAGGCAUCUCUUGCUUCGGAUUCUCCAGGACUCGUAGGCUCGCCUCCAACAACCAAGGCACAUCCUAGGUAGGCUGACAGGUAGACCUGUUUCCACCGCAGCAGGUGAACAUGACCAUGUUUCAGCCCACGUGUCUAGUUCAGAUCACUUUCCAGAUUGCAACCUGGCCCAAAUCCUGGCUCCUUCCUGCUCGUCUCUUAACCUAAGUGCUUUCUCGUUUGAAACGCCCACAACCCUCCUUCCAUGUUGUUGCAUCCUUGACAAGUGUCAUGCUGUGGUGUUCUGUGUGUCGCUUGGAGCCUUUGGGAUCAUACUGCAUCCCCACCCUCCCCUGGGGCAGAUCUGACUGAAUGUUUGCUGAAGUUUUUGUCUCUUGGUCCACAGUAUUUGGAAAGGUCACUGAAAAUUGGUCUUUCAGUCUUGGCAUUUCAUUUAGGAUCUCCAUGAUCAAUGGGCUUCUUGAGCCCUUAAAGUGUAUAUUGUGUGUCUCAUUUGUGAAAUGCUUCCUGCUAUAGAACUAGCUCAAAAGACUGUACAUAUUUACAAGAAACUUUAUAUUCGUAAAAAAAAAAGGAAAUUGAAUUGGUUUCUACUUUUUUAUUGUACAAGGUGCAUUUUUCAACACUUACUUUUGGUUUCAACGGUGGUAGUUGUGGACAGCCAUCUUCACUGGAGGGUGGGGAGCUCUGUGUGGCCACCAAGAUGCCAGCAGGAAAUAUCGUGACACGAAAUUGCAGUCAAAAGCUUAUUAGCAUAAAUAAGAUUCUAGGUCCAAAAGUAAAGGCUUUUUCUUCAUUACCUUUUUUAAUCAGAGCGAGGAAAAGAACACAAGGAACAAUUCACGAUCCACCUUGAGAGGAAUGAACUUUGUUGUUGAACAAUAGUGAAAUAAAGCAAUGAUCGAAAAUGUUUGCUUUA